UAAAAUGUUCACAAUGGAAUGGGAUGCAUGGUGGCAGCAUGUCAGUCUGGCCAUUUUUGAAGGUCUCCUUCCCCUUUCAUAGGCAGCAAUAGCAUCAGUCUUCUCCCCAUCUCUCACCCCCUCCUUUUUAGGAUCCCUCUCCAUACUGCUACAACUCAUGCACAUAAAUUGAGACAGAGAUUUGGAAUAAUAUUAGAGUAACCAAAAGAAAAAAAAGGGAAAAACCUUUUCUUUUCUCAUACAAACCAGAAAAAGGGAAAAAAAAAAACAAAGAGAAAUUAAAACAAACAUGAAUCGCUCAAUCAGAUGAUGUCCAUCAUUCAUUCCCAUGUGCUCUUCAAUCCCUAUAUGAAUAUUUCAUCAUCCCCCACUUCAUUCUUCCUUCCAUCCAUUCAUUCCCUCUUUACUUAGUAGCUUUCUCUGGUUUUGUAAAAUCAAUAAAGUUUUCACCUUUUUGCAGAUUAUACAGUUAUAGCAAUACAUACAUCAACAUACAUGUAGUAAAGUAUACAUGUAUUUGUAUUAAGGAAUCAUUUGCUUUUUUGGGGGUUCCUUUGACAUUGGAUUGGCUUUAUCAGAUAGCUGUCUCUCAAUUUUCAAAGCCAAAGGCAGAGAGAGAGAGAGAGAGAGGGAGAGAGAGAGAGAGAGAAUCUGAUCUGAUGUGUGAUGGUUCUGCUUGAUUCUUCUGCUAUUCAACGGUCUUACUUCACCUUUCAUUGGAGGCCGUGAAAAACCCAUUUCUUAUUCCAAGGUUUUUUAUUUUGUUCUUGUUCGUUGGGUCAGGGAAAAAAAUAAGUUUCCAUUUUCCAGAGGAAAAUAAAAAUUGUUACAUGUAUUCGUAGGUGAUAUGAAUUUCUAAAUGUGUAUUUGUUUAAAGGGUUGGUGGGAUUUGGGAAAUUUUUGAGAGAGAAAUGUUGACAUUGGUCGGAAGUGAAGGAGCUGGAGCUACAGGAGGUGGAGGAGCUAACAAGAUGGAGAAGGAAUUUGAUUCCAAGCUUAGGAUUCAGAGCAGCGCAUCAAAUCCUAGCACUCAGAGAUCUAAGAGCUUUGCAUUUAGAGCCCCCCAGGAGAAUUUCAGCAUUCAAGAUUUUGAAUUGGGCAAGAUCUAUGGUGUUGGUUCUUAUUCCAAGGUUGUUAGAGCAAGGAAGAAAGACUCGGGAACUAUAUAUGCCUUGAAGAUCAUGGACAAAAAAUUCAUCACCAAGGAAAAUAAAACUGCUUAUGUAAAAUUGGAACGCAUUGUACUUGAUCAGUUAGACCAUCCUGGUGUGGUGCGAUUGUUUUUCACAUUUCAAGACACGUAUUCUCUGUAUAUGGCACUUGAGUCCUGUGAAGGUGGAGAACUUUUUGAUCAAAUCACCAGGAAGGGUCGUCUGUCAGAAGAUGAGGCCCGCUUCUAUGCAGCUGAAGUUGUAGAUGCUCUUGAAUAUAUACAUAGCAUGGGGCUGAUACAUCGAGAUAUAAAGCCAGAGAACCUGCUACUUACUGAAGAUGGGCAUAUUAAAAUUGCUGAUUUUGGGAGUGUAAAGCCUAUGCAAGAUAGUCGAAUAACAGUUCUUCCAAAUGCAGCAUCGGAUGACAAAGCUUGUACUUUUGUGGGAACAGCUGCUUAUGUCCCUCCAGAAGUUUUAAAUUCAUCUCCUGCAACUUUCGGAAAUGACCUUUGGGCACUUGGCUGCACGUUAUUCCAAAUGCUUUCAGGAACUUCUCCUUUUAAAGAUGCAAGUGAAUGGCUCAUUUUCCAGAGAAUAAUUGCUAGGGAUAUCCGAUUUCCAAACUAUUUCUCUGCAGAAGCCAGAGAUAUUAUAGAUCGACUGCUGGAUAUUGAUCCUGGCAGGAGGCCAGGGGCUGGACCUGAUGGUUAUUCUUCCCUUAAGAAGCAUCCUUUCUUUGAGGGGAUUGAUUGGACAAAUUUGAGAUCACAAACCCCUCCUAGACUUGCAUCGGAGCUUAAAGCUCCAUCUAGUGGGCCUGAUGGUCAUGAAUCUGCAUGGAACCCAUCACAUGUUGGAGAUAGUUCAGCAAAAACAAAUGAUAGAAAUGGAGGUGCUGCCUCAUCUUCUGAGUCUGGUAGCAUAACUAGACUUGCUUCAAUUGAUUCCUUUGACUCCAAAUGGAAACAGUUUUUGGAGCCGGGUGAAUCUGUUCUUAUGAUUUCUAUGGUUAAGAAACUUCAGAAGCUAACAAGCAAAAAAGUACAGCUUAUUCUCACCAACAAACCAAAGUUGAUCUACGUGGACCCUGCAAAGUUGGUGGUUAAGGGGAAUAUAAUAUGGUCCGACAAUCCCAACGAUCUCAGCAUUCAAGUUACUAGCCCUUCACUUUUUAAGAUUUGCACGCCGAAGAAAGUCAUGUCCUUUGAGGAUGCAAAACAAAGAGCACUUCAGUGGAAGAAAGCAAUAGAGGCCCUUCAGAACCGGUGAAUUCUGUUAUGAUUUUGACAACAUAUUCUUUCGAUGUAACGAUAUUGUAGAGGAACACGGGGAUCUGAACACAUUUGGAUGCUCCAGAGGAACUUUAUUACUAUAAGAAAGUGAUUAAAAUUUCACAUCUGCUUCUGUCUUGGUUCAACAAAAUUCCAACACCCAUCUUCUUUUGCUUCAUGACUUUCAGUUAAUGUGCAACAGAGUAUUUUAAUAUUCAAGUUUGUACUA